UUUCUUGUUUUCUUUAUAGCAUGGAAAAUUAAACAAACCUUUCCAUUUUUUUCUAUCUUUUUUAGAACGUAAACUCUGAAAGAUCAGGACUUGUUAUUGUACGCUCUUUCAUGCCAACUUGGAUCUCAGUAUUCUGUAAAUCAUGAGCUCUUUUAAAAAGCUGAUAUUUAAUCAGUAAAUUUGACUAGCUCAUGGUUGAGUUCAAUAGAAUCGGCAUUUAACAAUUUCUAUUCAGCACAAGGCAUUGGACCAAGUACUAGAGAGACAGCUAGGGUGUGUCUAUGCUCCCUGAAAUUAUCAAAAGGGAGACUUCGCCUAUAGACUCCAAGGCUCAAAGAUAUAAAAGAAACUUUAAAGCUUUAUUGAAAUAUUUUAACAAAAAUGUACAUCCAGUUAUGCAUGUACCAGAGUGAUCAACUUUCACCUUUCUCCCAAGUUUUAAAGAGGAACUCCCUCAUCACAGGCUUUCCAAAUACCCAGCAAUCUCAUCAGAAAAGACUUUAAGUAUUGAGAAGCUGCCAAGCUCAUGGCAGUGGAUACACAUUUUGUAAACUGCUCAUUCUCGCUUGAAAGCUCAAAAAUUAUCAUUGGUGACAAUAAUUACCCCUUGUUUUCCUGGAAGUGACAGGUGCACGUUAUUUAUUUUCUAAAAAAAUGUCUGUCAAAUGCCUGUCUGAAUACCCAUAGUUUGCCCAUCUUUCUUUCAAGUAAAAAUAGUGUUCCGUGAAAAUAAAAAUAAAAACACUAGCUCAGCUUGCGACUUAAGCACUCAAGUGUUUUCCUGGAGGCAAAUAUGGCAGCUCCGUGUUCAGGGCACGUACUCUGUGCUUUCUUCCUCUUUUUUUCACACAGAAUUUUUAAAAGUGUACCAAAAGGUUGAAAUGUAAUAAAAUUAAUAAUUUUUCUGCCUUAUCACGUACACUGUCAAGUGACACUGGCCUGUACAGCGUGGCUCCUGCCUGGAUUCCUGCUAAGACACCUGCACUUUCUCCCACCAUUGUUUUUGCAGCAUUCGUGCAAAAGUCAGCACAGGGCACGAGUCAGGUGAGUUUUAGGAUUGUCACGAACACGGUUCUGACCCUCAGACCCCUGAAAGGGUCUCGGAGCCGCCAGGGCGUCGAGGACUGCACUUGAAGAACCACCCGGCGUCCGCGCACGAGAAAUCGCAGAUCCCUCCCUGUUCAGUUACGCACGCUCGAGGCGUGUUUAUCACUACAGGUCUGACCGCGGAGCACCGAGGAGCAGACGUGCGCGGCGUCCAGCGAUGGUCCGGUACCCGGGACGCUCGCAGGACCGCGCGGGGGCCGCCUUGCGGUUGCCGUGGCAACGAUCGCGGGCGGGCGCGGCGCGGCCAUCGACCGGUGACGCCUGCGCGCUCUGCGCUCUGCCGAGAGGGCUGCGGAGCCCCGCGGGCCGGCGGGAAGAUGGCGGCGGCGGCGGCGGCGGGCUACCCAGCUGGGAAGGGGCGCGACAUUAGCCUGGCGGCCCUGCGGCGCCACGACCCCUACAUCAGCCGCAUCGUGGACGUGGCCAGCCAGGUGGCCCUGUACACCUUCGGCCACCGGGCCAACGAGUGGGAAAAGACUGAUGUGGAAGGAACCUUAUUUGUUUACACAAGGUCUGCUUCUCCGAAACACGGCUUCACCAUCAUGAACAGGCUGAGCAUGGAGAAUAGGACAGAGCCCAUCACGAAAGACCUGGAUUUCCAGCUCCAGGACCCCUUCCUUCUCUACAGAAAUGCCAGAUUGUCCAUUUAUGGAAUUUGGUUUUACGACAAGGAAGAAUGCCAAAGAAUUGCAGAGCUUAUGAAAAACCUCGCUCAGUACGAGCAGUUGAAAGCCCGCCGUGGAGCGGUAGUGGGAGCGUCCCCCGUGAGCCUCAGCUCGGGAGAGGGCAAGGAGGCAGACAUCUUGCGCAUGCUCUCCAAGGCCAAGGACGAAUACACAAAGUGUAAAGCCUGUCCUGAGCCCAAACAGAUCAGCAGCUCGUCCGCCAUCUACGACAACCCCAAUCUCAUCAAGCCGAUUCCGGUGAAGCCCAGUGGGAGCCGGCAGCAGCGCGGCCCGCAGCCCAGCCAGACCUUAGACCCUGAACCCCAACACCUGUCCUUGACGGCUCUCUUCGGGAAGCAGGACAAAGCUACGUGUCAGGAAGCCGCGGGGCCUCCAAAGACCCUCCACCAGCAGCAGCAAGAGAAGCUUCCGAUUCGACAGGGGGUCGUCCGCUCCCUGUCCUACGAGGAACCCCGCAGACGCUCGCCCCCGGUCGACAAGCAGCUCUGUCCCGCCAUUCAGAAGCUCCUGGUGGGGAGCGCAGACCUGCAGCCGCUGGCAGAGCUGCCCGAGAGCUGGCCCUGCAGAGACGCCGCCCGGCCAGGGUCUCCCCGCGGCCCCGAGGUCUCCCGCCGCGCCCACGGUGCCCCCAGGACUCAGAAGGCGCCGGACCAGCUCCAGAGCGUCCCCGGGGCGCCGGCACCAGCCGCCUCGGCCGCCACCCUCCCGCCGCAGACGCCGGGGCCCCGGGCACUGCCGAGGCCAGCGCCCCCCGGCCCUGGGCCCGGCCGUCAGCCCCCGGGGCCCAGCGAGGUCUCCCCGCGGGAGCUGCUGUGGAAGCUGCAGGCGGUGCAGCAGGAGCAGCAGUUGCCGGCGCCCGGCCGCCCCGCCCUGGCGGCCAAGUUCCCCGCGGCCACCCCGCGCGCCCGAGCACGGAACCCCCUGGAGUCCUGGACGGACCAGACCCCCAGCGCGGAGCAGCAGGCCCCCCUCCUGCAGGCCGUGCUUACAAGCACUGAGUGCGUACCCCGCCCCUGCUGCACGUGGUACGUGGAGGUGAGGAGCUGGGUGCCCUGUCCCUGCGGACGCCGCAGCCCGUGGGCGCUUGAGGUCCUCUCGCCCCGGCGCGCCCCACCCGCCGCAGGCCUAUCUCCGCUCAUGUCGCCACUGGUGUUCGCGCAGCCCCCCUGGGCCCCGCCGCCAGAGAGGGGCAGCGGGCUCUUGCCCCCGGGAAGCCAGGACCCAGCGGCCACCCCCAGCGGCCCCCUCCUGCCCCUGCGGACGCCGGAGCCCCCCAGGACGCCGGGCAGUGCCCUGACCAAGCCGCAGCUCCAGGAGGCCCUGCUGCACCUCGUCCAGAAUGACGACAACUUCUUAAAUAUAAUCUACGAAGCUUAUCUCUUCAGCGUGACACAAGCGGCCAUGAAAAAGACUCUGUGAAAGCAAAACAUUUUAAGACUGAUCUCCAAGGCCCUCCGGCUCAAGGUUCUUUCAUGUCAAAUGUUGUUUCCCUAAAUGUUUCUGCCUUUUUUAAAAAGUAUGUAUCAUAUGAAGUAAAAUGCUUCAGGCUUUUUUCA